UUUUUGCUCUCGUUCGGGUGUGUGUGUGUGCGUUCCUGAGAAAUCUUUGAAGUAAUUUUUUCACAGUCAUCUUUACAAAAAACCGUGUAAUUAGUAUAUAUAGUGCAAUAACUAACAAGUAAAUAAGUGCCGUUGCAAGUCCCUGUUUUAUGUAAUUUGCCCGCUUUAAACCCAAACACACACAUCCCACCAAAUCCCCAUCACUUAACCCAAUACUAGCUCAUCAAAAUUAUGGUCAGCGUUAAAGUCAACGGAAACCCCCAGCAACAGCAGCACCAGCACCAUCGUUCCGUAACCUCGAACGGCGUCAGCAAUCUCAAGGCCAACAUCAAUAUGGCUUUCCGUGGAAAUCAGAACCGCAACCGCAACUUUGGUGGCGGCGGCGGCGGUGGUGGUGGCAACAACUACGGCGGACCCAUGGGCGCCAACCGAAUGGGCGGCAUGAACAUGUCACCCUGGGAGUCGCAGAAUCCUGGCGGCGGACAGUUUGGCAACAAUAUGCGUCAGGGCGGCGGACAGAUGAACGCCCAAGCCAUCAAUUUGGCCAACAAUCUGCUGAACAACCUGUUCAGGAACCAGAAUCCACCCUCGCUGCUAGACUUGCCGCGCGGCGGCGGUGGCAUGGGAAAUCGUAACCAACGUGGUGGCCCGAUGGUCAGUCGCGGCGGCGGUGCUGGCAAUCGUCUCAAUAAUCGUCGUGGCCAGGGAGGCUUCCAGAAUCGUGGCGCCACUGGUGGUGGCAGUAGUGGUCCCAAGCCCCCGCAAAAGCAGGGCGGCGGCGGUAUUCGCAAGCAAAAUGCUUUUGAUCGUGCCAAGAAACUUUUGGCCAAAAAUGCCAAUCAAAAUAAAAAGAAGGAACCUACUCCUGGCGAAAAGAAAAUCGAGAGCCCGUCCAAGGAUUCGCCGUAUGCCACCGUGCCGAAUGAUAUGUUCUACUGUCAUCUGUGCAAGAAGCACAUGUGGGACGCCAACUCGUUCGAGAAUCACAUCAAGGGACGCACCCAUCUGAUGAUGCGCGAGGGCAUUGAGGAGAGCUACCGCCUGAAGGCAAACAUGAUCCGGCAGGAGGCCAAGAUCGCCGAGCAGCUCAAGUCGAUUGAGUUCGAUCGCCUGAAGCGCAUGGGCAAGAGCAAGCAGCGCCAGCUGGACUACUGCACCAUGUGCGACUUGAACUUCCACGGCCAUAUCUCGACCCAUCGCAAGUCGGAGGGACAUCUUCAGCUGAAGAAGUUCCUGCACCCCAAGUGCAUUGAGUGCAACAAGGAGUUCGCCACACGCAUCGACUUUGACACCCAUCUGCUGUCCGCAGAGCAUCUGAAGAAGGCCGCCGAGAGCAACACCAAGGUGGGUGAGCGCAAGCGCCAGACCUUGCCCAUCAGCACCGAGGAGGAGGAGACGCGCGAUCUGCGUCUGCCCCAGAAGCGCAAGAAGAAGCCCGUGAAGAAGGAGGGUGAGGCUGAGAUCAAGAAGGAGGCUGGUGCCGAGGGAGAGGCAGCCGAGGGCGAAGAGGCCGAAGGUGAGGAGCCCAAGGAGGGCGAGGAAGCCGCUGAUGAGACCAAGGAGGGCGAGGAGCUCAACGAGGGCGAGGAGGAGGAAGAGGUUGCUCUUCCCGUCGACCCCGAGGACUGCAUUGUCGACUUCCUCGACGGCGACGAGAUCCCCAGCGAGGUGGACCUCCGUCUGCCCAAGUACAACUGGCAGCGUGCCGUCGGCGCCGGCCUGAUCUCGAAACUGGAGUGCUUCGAGUGCUCCGUCUGCAGCAAGUUCUUCGACACUGAGGUGACCGCCGAGAUCCACUCUCGCACAGCCACCCAUCACCGCAACUUCCUCAAGUUCAUCAACGAGAAGUCCAGCGACACCAAGAUCGCCCAGAAGCGCGCUGCCGCCGCACUGGAGGAGAACGAGCGCAAGAAGCGCAAGAUCGAGGAGGCUGAGGCCCCAGCCGCCGAAGGCACCGCUGCCGAGGGAGAGACCACCGAGGGAGGUGAGGGUGAGCUGUACGAUCCAUCGGAGGCCACUGGCGAUGAUGAGGACUUCGAGAUGGUCGAGGCAAAUCCCGAGGGCGCCGAGGGAGAGGGUGAAGGUGAUGAAGAGGGUGCCGAGGGCGAAGAUGGUCAAGGCGAGGACAAUGGCGAGGAGGAGAUGGAGGCCCAAGAUGAAGAGGACGCCAAUGCCGAGCAGGAAGCCGAGCCUGAGCCAGCAGCUCCUACCCCAGCUGCAGCUCCGGCCACGGCCACGGCUACGCCAGCCGCCAAGGCAGAGCCCGCCAAGACACCGGCCAAGGCUGCUGCUCCGGCUGCCGCGGCGGCUGCGACUGCUGCUGCCACGCCUGCUUCACCUGCACCAGCAGCAGGCGCCCCAGACGCAUCCCCAUCGCCGGCAAAGAAGGCCACGCCCGCCCGUGCUGCCGCAGGUCCCAAGGCAACGCCGCAGCGUCAGCGCGCUCGUGGCCGCUACAACCGCUACUAGGCGGAAGAGGAUACGUUCGAAUUCGAAACGAGGAUGAAUUCGGAUCGGAUCGAUGAGAGUUAAACAUAAUUUAACAUAAUCUUUAUCUAUAUACAAUUAACCGGAAGGAAGCAGCGCAGACACUCCAUCGCAUGGACCGAUCAACCACCCCAUCAUCGCUCCCCUUCCACAGACACACACACACAUUACACACAACUCUCCCUUUUGACAUUUUCAUGGCAUUUUGCACAAACAAGAAAUGAGAGAAUGAAAAGAAAAGCAAAGAAAAGAAGAAUGAAUGAAUGAGGAAUAACAAAUGAGAGACAACUUUUCCAAUCAUCUCGAGAGAGAUGAAACAAUCGAAGACAUUGUAAUUGAAGACGAACUUCUUGUCGGGGGAGAA